AUGAUCAAGCGGAGGAAAUACUACGGAGGCUUCACACGCCCACCGACAGAUUCGUCUGAUGGCAACGACAGCACAGCCUCUCAGCGGGCUCCCAGGCGCCUCGCGAGCGUCUACGAUGCCGUAGCAGGAAAGGUAACACAACGAGGUCUCGUGGACAAAGCGCCCUCCGUCAAAGACGCCAAGCAACCACUCCGCCCAGAUGAAGUUCUCUUCAAGCAAAGCAACGCGCCAAUCCGAUACGAGGAGACGGACUACUACUACGCCCACACCCGGCUGCCACCCGAUCAGAAACUGCCCAGUGGCGACUUGCUGAGCGCACUGCAUGCCCAUGUGUCGAAACUGUAUGCCAGCACGGAAGAGCCCGGGAGUAAAAAAGCUUGGAAAUGCAUGGAUGAGACUGCGCUGAUUGCUUUGGGGAUUCUGGUUGAAGAGACGGCGAGAGAGGUGUUGGGUGAGACGGGGGACUUGGCGUUUCUGGAGGGGGCUGAUGAGGAGGAGGUGGAAGCACUUGCAGCGCGGGGUGAGAUGGAAGGGGUGGAAGAGAAGGAAAUGGAAAGGCCUGUGUCAAGGGGUGGGGGAACUGAAGAAGAGUCCGAUUCGAGUGCAUGGUCGUCAUCCGAUGAUUCGACUGAGGAAUCAGACUGA